UUCCACCUUCUUGCCCCCUUUCUCUUCCCGCUUCCCCCGACUUUGGCCGCCGUUGCUAGGCAACCGCCGGAGGCGACCGAUGGAUGGGCGGAAACGGCUCGUGUAGCCAGUGUGGUGUCACAUCCGGCGUCUUCUAGGAGUUGUUUUACAGGAUCUUGGCUACAGCAGACUUGUCCUUCAGGUUGGCAGGGGCACAGUUUGCCCUGUUUCAAUCAGCACACCUACAUUUACCCUGGAAGUGUUCAGGUUCAAGAACUCACUCUCUGAAGAUGUGCAAACAGCCGAUCUAGUCAUAAGUCAUGCAGGUGCAGGUAGCUGCUUGGAAGUAUUGGAAGCAGGGAAGCCACUACUAGUAGUUGUAAAUGACAAGCUUAUGGACAAUCACCAGUUAGAACUGGCAAGGCAGCUGUGCAGGGACGGCCACCUCUUUUACUGCACUUGCAGGACCCUUGUGACGACACUUCAAACAUCAGACUUUUCAACCCUGAAGCCUUUUCCUCCUGGACAGCCCGAAAAAUUUGCUGCAUUCUUGGACAAAGUAAUUGGCAUUUGAAUAAAUGAGCUGUAAAAGGAAGCUCACACAUUUGAAACUACUCCUGUACAUAUAAUUUCAACAUACAUGUGUGCUUGCAGUGGCAAAUGAAAUUAAAUUAUGGACUGCUUUGCUGCAAAAGAAAACCAAUUCACUGACCUGUAGCUUUGACAUGGCAUUAGUGGUCCAGGAAACAAGCAGUAGCAAAAAUCCCCUCCACCUCUAAACACACACUUCUUUGCUCAGCCCUAUUUCAAAUAGGGCACAAUGUCAUUCAGGUUUUAAGACUUUUGAUUCCAUUUCGGUGUUGAGUUUGCUUGAGGUUACUUUGCCAUAAACCAUUUAGCAGACGGUGUCCAUUUGGAUAAGAAAAUGUUUGGGGCAACAGGAUUUGAUAACGGGGGCUAUAACAUACAGGUACCUUGCAACUUAACAUGCCAGAGAUUACAUUCCUGGCCAUCAUGCAUAUAAGCAAAAUCACAUAAAGCCAGAACACCCCUUUAAAACCAUUAAAAAAUUACUCGUCUCCAUGGCCUCCUCUGCACCCAAACACACUCAGUGAAGGCUGCUGGCUUUCAUUUUUCACUUCCUGUGCCACUUCUGCAUCAUUUUUAUUUACUAUUAUUAUUAUUUUGGCUACAGGUAGGUAGCCGUGUUGGUCUGGGUCGAAGUAAAAUAAAAAAAUUCCUUCAGUAGCACCUUCAGUAGUACUUAGUUGGUCUUUAAGGUGCUACUGAAGGAAUUUUUUUAUAUUAUUUUGGCAACGUGCUUAAAUCUCUGAGCACAUAUGUUAAAUAAGUGUAAGUUGCAAGUUACCUGUACAUCAGCAUUAAGCCUAUAUAAAUACCUGAAGUGGAAGCUCAAUGAAGAUUAGUAGGAUCUCUUAUGAAAACUGUUUCUGUUAAAUAUAUAUUAGCAGCAGGCAUGAGCCUUAUUCAUGCAUUAUUCACCUGUAGAGCUCUCAGAGCCAUUGCCCUGACUUUAAAAUUAUUUGAUUUUAACCUUUUACCUGCCCUUCACCCUAAGGGUUAGCCCUGCAUUCCAAUGUCCACAUGUUCUGUGUGGUUGUCUGCGAAAGAAGUGCUAAGUGCCAUAAUUUCAUGCUUAACCCCUGUUUCCAGCUGCAGUUGCAUACUGUACUUUGGGCUAAGCCUCUUAUGUAACUGCUCAGUUUUAUGGCUAAGAGUGAAUUUUCGCACAGUUGGCUCUGAGAGGAAGAAUAAUAGAAUUACAGAACUGGAAGGGGUCCCAAGGGUCAUCUAAUUCAACCCCUUGCAAUGCAGGAAUCACAACUAAAUGAGAUGAUCCAAGGAGAAAAGAUGAGGAAAAUACUGAUAUCAUACCACAGUUGGGUUGCGUUAUGUCUACCCUCUACCCAUGAGUUUGUAACAGGUCAUCUGAAUCCACCUGCAGUCUUCAGAAGAUACAGUGGUGCCUCGACUUACGAAUUUAAUCCGUUCCGAAGGCACCUUCGUAGGUCGAAAAAUUCGUAAGUCAAAAAGCGCCAUUGGAAAUGUGAUUUCCCAUAGGAAUGCAUUGGAAACGGAAAAAUUCGUAAGUCGAAGCAACCCCAUCUAAAAAUUCGUAGGUUGGAAAAACCCUAUCUAAAACCGCCGCGGUUUCCGUCGAGAAAUUCGUAAGCAUGUGGCCAUUUGCCCCAUUUGUAAGUCGAAAAAUUCAGUUGUCAAGUCGUUCGUAAGUCGAAGUACCACUGUAAAUGUUUUCAAUCUUUGUGACUUUCAUGAUGUUACCAGCUUUCAUGUUAACGUGAACAUUAAGCCUGAGUUCAGCUAGCCAAGCCUUCAGUGCAAACCAGUCACAGAUUGGCAAUUUUCUACAGAAAAUGACCCUGAAAUAUAUCAUGCAGCUCUAUCAACUGCUUAAAGAAAAGAUUGCUUACACAACCUGCCAACAGUUCACAGAUGAAAACCAGGACCUGCUUGUAACACCCACAUCUAAGAUCACAGCCCAAGCCUCCCCCGUUAUGAUGCACCAUGUUGCUGAAGGCCACUUUAACUGCUGUAUUCAUUUGCUCUAAAGAAGCUUCUCCACUGAAUUUAAAGAAAAGAGGGUCCUUUCUGCUUUCAUUAAAGAUACACUAGAAUAAAAUAACAUGAGGCUUGAUCAAUAAGAGAACUAUGGUAUGGGUGGCAAAGCUUGCACCUUCCAGAUGUGGCUGAUCUACAGUUCCAAUCAUCCCUGACCACUGGCCAUGCUAGCUGAGGCUGAUGGGAGUUGGAGUCCCAACAGCAUCCCUGUUCCUUGGUGUGCUGGGCAAAGAAAAGUGCAGCCCUCACUAUACAUUUAAAACACCCAACACACAUUUAAAGUUCCCCUAAAGAAUCCUGUGAACUGUAAUUUGUUAAGGGGGCUGGGCAGUUCCCAUAUUAUUUUUCAGGGGAGCCAUAUGCUUUAAAUGUGCAUUGGAUGUGCUUUAAAGUCAUAGUGUAGAUGCCAGCUAAAGUAUCUGCAGGGGGCAUAUUGUGUGUUGUAAACAAAUUGGAAUGAAUGCUCAAUAAGUAUCAAGCAAUUGUUAUCUCACAUUUCCGAGUGCAUUUCUUAUCACAUUUCGUACUGCGAAAGUUUGAUGAGUGGGAGGCAGGGUAUAUUUUUGUGUGUUUAAAAUAUUAAAAUAUAAGCACCUGUAAUUAAAACAUGCAAUAAAACAACCUCAUUAAAAACAGCACAGUAAUUGAAACAGGAGAUUAGCCCCAACCACUGGUCAAGGGUGAUGGAAAUUGUAGUUCAUCAAUAUCUGAAUGGCCACAGGUUGUUCUAGUUACUUCUUAUCGCUUAAUCUGCUCAUUUCCAUUCCAUAAACUUUAGCUAUGAAUACAAUGGUACCUAAGGACACGGGUGUCACUGUGGUCUAAAUCACAGAGCCUAAGGCUUGCUGAUCAGAAGGUCGGCUGUUUGAAUCCCUCUGACUGGGUGAGCUCCUGUUGCUCGGUCCCUGCUCCUGCCAACCUAGCAGUUCGAAAGCAUGUCAAGUGCAAGUAGAUAAAUAGGUAUGGCUCUGGCGGGAAGAUAAACAGCGUUUCUGUGCGCUGCUCUGGUUUUGCCAGAAGCGGCUUAGUCAUGCUGGCCACAUGACUCAGCCAGUAAAGCGAGAUGAGGGCUGCAACCCCAGAGUCGUCCGCGACUGGACUUAACAGUCAGGGGUCCCUUUACCUUUACCUUUUAACAGUGGUACCUUGGUUCCGAACUUACCGUAAUCCUUUCCAGGAGUCCGUUUGACUCCCGAAACUGUUUGAAAACCAAGGUGUGGCUUUUGAUUGGCUGCAGGAGCUUCCUGCAGUCAAGCAGAAGCCGUGUCGGACAUUCAUCUUCUGAAAAACAUUCGCAAACUGGAACACUUCCGGGUUUGCAGAUUUGUUAGGGAGCAAACACUUUAAGAACCUAGGUACCACUAUAUAUCCAAACCAUGAUUCCCUCCUUGCAUUAUUGUGUAUGGUGGUACCGGUAGUACUUACUGCUACUGUACAGGAACAGAUGUAAGCAGUGCUUUUUUAUCUAAAAAAAUGUUUAGGAGGGGUACUCUAAUUUUCCUACUCAUAUUGAAAUACUGCCUCUCAAUGAGGCCAAACUUCGAUUCAUAAAAUGUUUAGGGGUAUGCGUACCCCUGCAUCCACCCAGAAAAAAAGCACUGGAUGUAGAUAGUACAUUCUCCUCUGCUUUGUGGUUCUUGCCCACCAUUUUUUGUGUGUGCAUAUUUUUUGCCACUGGAUGGCACUGUAGUGAUGUUUUUGUUUCUGGCAAGUUUAAAAUAUGCAUUUUCAGGAGAUACCCAGUAGUUGCAAGUAGGCAAAAAACGGUUGUGAAUGGAGGACUUCCUUUGUCAGUGAUUUCUAUGCUACAUUUUCCAGCAAUGUUUUUUGUUUCCAGUGAAACCUGACUUUCUGCAGUGGCGAGGUUCGUUCCCGCAUUUUCAAAUAAGUUCUUUCCCCUGCACAUAUGCCAAAAACUAUGCCGACCUUGUUUUUUGAACCGUGACCUGUCAGGAUUUCUACUCUUACCAGUGAAAGACAAAGUAAAAAAUCAUUGCUAUUUUCUAGAAAAAGAGGUGCUGGAACUCACCACGAAUGCCUCCUUUGUUCUCUUAGCAAUGGUGCCCACCUGAGGUACUGGAACUGAGUUCUUGCUGAAAAAAAGCCCUGGUAAAAAUAAUACAACACCUGGCAGAAUGUGAAGCACUGAGUGAAUACAGACAAAUAGAUGCAUGGGACUCACCUAAGCCCACUUAAGAAAAGGCAGUAUCAAAGCUCCUCUCCUCUCCUUAAAUAAAGGCCUGCCCUAAUGACAGAAAUGAAGGGGCCAAGUGGAUUCUAAUUGGGAAAGAGUUGCACAAUGCAGGGCCAACACUGUCUUAUGUACUUACCAGCUGAUGUUACCAGUGAGCACCCAAGCAGGACCUCAGAUGUCAACUUCAGAUCACAAGCAGGGUCAGUGGUGUAAGCCAUCCUUCAGGUAGCCUAAACUGUUUAGGGCUUUAAAAGAAUAUUCUGUGCAUAUGGGUUAGGAUCUGUUUUAUGGACUUGUAUGCUUUAUCAACCUGAGUUUAUGCUUUUCUUUUUAAAUAAACAUAUUUUUCCUGUGCCUUCCCAGUAUCAACCACCUUCUGUUCAAUCUGAUUGUGUUGCUGGGUACAGAGAGGGGGUUAUUGUUCCUCUCCUGCCACCCAAAUGCAUGCGACUGGCCCAAGGGUAAGAAACUCCAUUUGGGGAGGGGUGGUGGAGGAUGGAGACAAUUUUAGGUGGGGGAAGUAUUUAUUUUUAUUUCACUUACUAAAUUUGUAUACCAUCCUUCAUUCGAAGACCACAGGGCCAUUCACAAGAUCAAAACAUGAGGCUAGAUCUGUAAGCGUAGCAAAAGAUCAGACUUGCACAUAAAAAUACAAAAUUGACAACACAGAAUAUAUAAUAAAGCAAAGCCAAACAAAUGAAUAACCCCUUGGAGGGCUUGAAGAACUUGUUACUUGUGAGUUCCAGUACAAACCGAUCUACGUUUUCUAGACUAGCGUGUGGUUUCAAACUUAGUUGCCUGCCAGCUUCGGCACUUUCCGAGUAUUCAAAUGUAUUAAAAUACAUUUAAAAGUGGAUGUUUUGGGAGACAAGUAUGCAUUUUUUAAAAAGUAUGUACAGUUAAAUGCAGGUGUCUGUGUAAGGAGAAUUUGCAGAUUAAUGAGAGAUCAAGACAGAAUGGCAUUGUGGGAAAGGUAGCAUGGACUGGAGAGGAUGAAUCCAGCCACGAACACGUGCUGCGUCCCUCUCCUUGUUAGGUUCUUCCUUUUCCCAUGAACUCACUAAAUAAAGGGGGAAAGCAGCAGCUGCCCUCGCCUGUGAAGUCAGUUUUGCUGGUUUGAA